UUGGCAAAUGGUAUAUGGCUUACAACACAAGGGAUCACUCCUUUUUUGUUUUCUCUUUGUGCUUUCAUAGAUUUUCUUGUUGGAAAAACAAUCCUCAAAUAUUAUUUUGCACUUGAAAGAAAAACACACAUACAUACAUAACAUAUUCCGGUUUGGUUGGGUGAACUAAUUGGGGAAAUGGGGGCAUCCAUAGCUAAAAUAGCCAAGAAGUUGGGGUUCCUUCCUCAGUGUAGAAUAAGGAUUGUGAUGGUGGGUCUUGACGGUUCAGGCAAAACAACCAUUCUUUAUAAGCUCAAGCUUGGAGACCUGCUUAAAACCAAGCCCACUAUUGGGUUUAACGUUGAGACCAUACAGUAUAAAAGUAUAUGCUUCGAUGUGUGGGAUAUUGGAGGAGAAAGCAAGAUUCGGCCAUUGUGGAAACAUUACUUCUUGAACGUCCAGGCUAUUGUGUUUGUGGUGGAUAGCAGCGAUAGAGAAAGAAUCCCAGAAGCUCGGAAAGAGCUCCAUUGGGUUUUGGCUGAUAAGGAACUGGAGAAUGCUGCAGUGUUAGUGUUGGGCAAUAAGCAAGAUCUGUCAGACGCCAUGUCCUCCUCUGAGAUGGCUGAUAAACUUGGUUUACACAGUCUUGGUCAGCGGCCCUGGUAUAUCCAGAAAACUUCAGCUUGCAGUGGUUAUGGACUAUAUGAAGGCCUGCAUUGGCUAUCCAACAAUACCUCAAACCUUGCAGAUUCAUGCUCAUAUAAUCACUUUCCUAAUCCCUUUUCUCGCCCACAUAAAAUUGAUUUAACGCUCAUUGACAUUGAAAACGUAAUAUUACUUUGAAAAUCUUGUACUACUCUUUUUUCUUCCAAGUUGUGAACCAUAGGGGGAAUAUAUUUAUCAUAAAUUUUGAUUUGGGAAA